CUGUCCUGUCCAGUCCCGUCCCCGGCGCGGCCCGGCCUGCGCCUUCUCUCUGGCCGCCUCUCGCCGACCUCGGCUGCGCCAUGGCCAGCCUGCGGCCGUCCGGCUCGGCCUCGCUGCUGCCGCUGCUGCUGCUUCUGGUGGUAGCCGCGCGCGCCCUGCCCGGCGCUGGCGGGACGUGCCCGGAGCGCGCGCUGGAGCGGCGCGAGGAAGAGGCUAAUGUGGUGCUCACCGGCACAGUGGUGGAGAUUCUCAACGUAGACCCGGUGCAGCACACGUAUUCCUGCAAGGUUCGGGUCUGGCGGUACUUGAAGGGCAGAGACCUGGUGGCCCGGGAGAGCCUACUGGAUGGGGGCAACAAGGUGGUGAUCAGUGGCUUUGGAGACCCCCUCAUCUGUGACAACCAGGUGUCUACUGGGGACACUAGGAUCUUCUUUGUGAACCCUGCGCCCCCAUACCUGUGGCCAGCUCACAAGAAUGAGCUGAUGCUCAACUCUAGCCUCAUGCGGAUCACCCUGCGGAACCUGGAGGAAGUGGAGUUCUGUGUAGAAGACAAACCCGGGACUCACUUUACCUCAGCGCCUCCAGUGUUUCCUGAUGCCUGUCGGGGAAUGCUGUGCGGCUUUGGUGCUGUGUGCGAGCCCAGUGCAGAAAGGCCAGGCCGGGCCUCCUGCGUGUGCAAGAAGAGUACCUGCCCCAGUGUCGUGGCGCCCGUGUGUGGUUCGGAUGCUUCCACCUACAGCAACGAGUGUGAGCUACAGCGGGCGCAGUGCACCCAGCAGCGACGUAUCCGCCUGCUCCGUCGUGGCCCCUGUGGGUCCCGCGACCCUUGCAUCAAUGUAACCUGCAGCUUCGGCAGCACUUGUGCGCGCUCAGCAGAUGGGCUGACGGCCUCGUGCCUGUGCCCCACGACCUGCCAGGGUGCCAGUGAAGGCACAGUGUGCGGCAGUGAUGGUGCUGACUACCCCAGUGAGUGCCACCUACUGCGCCGUGCCUGCGCCAGGCAGGAGAACAUCUUCAAAAAGUUCAGCGGCCCUUGUGACCCCUGCCAGGGCACCCCCACUGACCCAAGCCGCAGCUGCCGCGUGAACCUGCACACGCGAUUGCCAGAGAUGUUCCUGAGGCCAGAAAGCUGUCCCGAUCGGAGGUCACCAGUGUGUGGGGACGAUGGGGUCACCUAUGAAAAUGAAUGUGUCAUGGGCCGCAUGGGUGCUGCAAGAGGCCUCCUCCUUCAGAAAGUGCGCUCUGGCCAGUGCCUGCCUCAAGAUCAGUGCCCAGAGGUCUGCUGGUUCAAUGCUGUGUGCUUGUCCCGCCUGGGCCGCCACCACUGCUCCUGCGACCGUGUCACCUGUGAUGGGGCCUACAGGCCUGUGUGUGCCCAAGACGGGCACACAUAUGACAAUGACUGCUGGCGCCAGCAGGCGGAGUGUCGGCAGCAGCGUGCCAUUCCCAGCAAGCACGGGGGCCCGUGUGACCAGGCCCCAUCCCCAUGCCAUGGAGUACUAUGCACAUUUGGGGCGACGUGUGCUGUGAAGAAUGGGCAGGCAGUCUGUGAGUGCCAGCAGGCAUGCUUGGGCAUCUAUGACCCUGUGUGUGGCAGUGAUGGCAUCACAUAUGGCAGCGCAUGUGAACUGGAAUCCACAGCAUGUAUCCUCAGACAGGAGAUCCAGGUGGCCCGCAGAGGACCCUGUGACCGCUGUGGGCAGUGCCGCUUUGGAGCCAUGUGUGAGGCUGAGACUGGCCGCUGUGUGUGCCCCUCUGAGUGUGUGGCCUCAGCCCAGCCUGUGUGUGGUUCUGACGGGCACACGUAUUCCAGUGAGUGUGAGCUGCACGUCCACGCCUGCACACACCAGAUCAGCCUGCGUGUAGCCUCAGCUGGACACUGCCAGACUUGUGGAGACACAGUGUGUGCCUUUGGGGCUGUGUGUUCAGCUGGCCAGUGUGUGUGUCCCCGGUGUGAGCGCCCCCCACCUGGUCCUGUGUGUGGCAGCGAUGGUGUCACCUACAGCAGUGUGUGUGAGAUGCGGGAAGCUGCCUGCCGCCAGCAGGUGCAGAUCGAGGGGGUCCGGACAGGGCCAUGUGAACAGGCUGAGUGUGGCUCUGGAGGCUCUGGCUCUGGGGAGGACAGUGAGUGUGAGCAAGAGUUGUGCCAGCAGCACGGUGGCAUCUGGGACGAGGACUCAGAGGAUGGGCCAUGCAUCUGUGACUUCAGCUGCCAGAGUGUCCUGAGGAGCCUGGUGUGCGGCUCAGAUGGGGUCACCUACAGCACUGAGUGUGACCUGAAGAAGGCCAGGUGUGAGUUGCAGCAAGAGCUGUAUGUUGCAGCCCAGGGAGCCUGCCGAGGUCCCACUUUGGCCCCACUGCCAUCUGUGGCUCCCUCACACUGUGCCCAGACCCCCUAUGGCUGCUGCCAGGACAACAUCACUGCUGCCCAGGGUGUGGGCCUGGCUGGCUGCCCCAGCGUGUGCCAGUGCAACCCACAUGGCUCCUACAGCAGGACCUGUGAUGCAGCCACAGGACAGUGCUCCUGCCGCCCAGGUGUGGGUGGCCUCAGGUGUGACCGCUGUGAGCCUGGUUUCUGGAAUUUCCGAGGCAUUGUCACUGAUGGCCGGAGUGGCUGCACCCCCUGCAGCUGUGAGCCUCGGGGAGCUGUGCGGGAUGACUGUGAGCAGAUGACUGGGCUGUGCUCUUGUAAACCUGGAGUGGCUGGCCCCAAGUGUGGGCAGUGUCCAGAUGGCUAUGCUCUGGGCCCUGCUGGUUGUGAAGCAGCUCCCUCAGCACCCAAGACCUGUGCAGAGAUGCGCUGUGAGUUUGGUGCUUCCUGCGUGGAGGAGGCUGGCUCUGCCCACUGUGCUUGCCCGACACUCACCUGUCCUGAGGCCAAUUCCACCAAGGUCUGUGGAUCUGAUGGAGUCACCUAUGGCAACCAGUGCCAGCUAAAGACCAUCGCCUGCCGCCAGGGCCUGCACAUCUCUGUCCAAAGCCUCGGCCCAUGCCAGGAGGCUGUCACUCCUGGUGCCCACCCAGCACCCGCACCCGUGACCACUUCGGGGCUUGUCCUGAGUGAGGCGCUGCCGCCUCUUCCCAGCACCCUCCCCCUGGCUCCCAGCAGUACCCCCCAUAGCCAGCCCACACAUCCACCCCCACCACGGCCUUGGACCACUGCCAGCAUCCCCAGGACCACCAUGUGGCCCAUGCUGACUGCGCCCCCCACAGCACCCUCCCCUGCACCCAGCCUUGCCACAUCUGCCUUUGGAGAAUCUGGGAGUGCUGACGGAAGUGGAGACCAGGAGCUGAGCGGGGACCAGGAGGCCAGCGGGGGAGGCUCUGGGGGACUUGAGCCCCCUGAGGGCAGCAGCGUGGUGACCCUGGGGCCACCCAUAGAGAGGGCUUCCUGCUAUAACUCGCCUUUGGGCUGCUGCUCAGAUGGGAAAACGCCCUUGUUGGACGCAGAGGGCUCCAACUGCCCUGCCACCAAGGUAUUCCAGGGUGUGCUGGAGCUCGAGGGGGUCGAGGGCCAGGAACUGUUCUACACACCAGAGAUGGCUGACCCCAAGUCAGAGCUGUUUGGGGAGAUGGCCAGAAGCAUUGAAAGCACACUGGAUGACCUCUUCCGGAACUCAGAUGUCAAGAAAGACUUUUGGAGUGUCCAUCUGAGGGACCUGGGACCUGGCAGAUCAGUCCGAGCCAUUGUGGAUGUACACUUUGACCCCACCACAACCCUCAGGGCACCAGAUGUGGGCCGAGCCCUCCUCCGGCAGAUCCAGGCAUCCCGGCGACGGUCCCUGGGGGUGAGGCGCCCUCUGCAGGAGCACGUACGCUUCAUGGACUUCGAUUGGUUUCCUGCCUUCUUCACUGGAGCCACUGCUGCUGUGACCACAGCCAGAGCUACCACUGUGGCCCACCAGCCCUCUGCCGUGACCUCUUGGGCCUCGUUCCCCAGUCAUACCAGCCACCCAGCUGGCAAGACCACCGCCCUGCCCACUACACACCGGCCCCCACCAACUGUCCCCAGCCAUGUGCCAGGACGGCCUGAACAGCCCCCAAGGGCCUGUGAUUCCCAGCCCUGCCUCCAUGGAGGGACUUGCAGAGAGGGGGACUCUGGCAGGGACUUCUCCUGCAGCUGCCCUGCAGGCAGAGGAGGCGCGAUCUGUGAGGAAGCGCUGCACAACCCGGUGCCAGCCUUCGGGGGCCAGUCCUUCCUGGCUUUCCCCACCCUCCGCGCCUACCACACUCUGCGCCUGGCGCUGGAAUUCCGGGCGCUGGAGCCUCAGGGGCUGCUGCUGUACAACGGCAAUGCACGGGGCAAGGACUUUCUGGCACUAGCACUGCAGGGCGGCCGCGUGCAGCUCAGGUUUGACACAGGUUCAGGGCCUGCAGUGCUGACUAGCGCAGUGCCCAUAGAGCCUGGCCGUUGGCACCGCCUAGAGCUGUCGCGGCAUUGGCGCCGGGGUACACUCUCAGUGGAUGGUGAGACCCCUAUUCUGGGUGAGAGCCCCAGGGGCACUGAUGGCCUCAACCUGGACACAGACCUGUUUGUGGGCGGCGUCCCAGAAGAUCAGGCUGCCGUGGUGCUUGAGCGGACAGCCAUUGGUGUUGGCCUGAGGGGCUGCAUCCGCCUGCUAGAUGUCAACAACCGACGGCUGGAGCUCAGCAACUGGCAGGGGGCUGUGACUCAAAGCUCCGGUGUGGGCGAGUGUGGAGACCACCCCUGCUUGCCCAGCCCCUGCCAUGGCGGGGCCCCAUGCCAGGCCCUGGAGGCUGGCAUGUUCCACUGUCAGUGCCCACCUGGCCACUUUGGCCCAACUUGCACCUAUGAGAAGAGUCCCUGUCAGCCAAACCCCUGCCAUGGGGCAGCCCCCUGCCACGUGCUGCCAGAGGGUAGAGCUAAGUGCGAGUGCCCCUUGGGACGUGGGGGUGCUCUCUGCCAGACAGUCUUGGAGCUGGAUGACACUCGGCCCUUCCUGGCUGACUUCAGUGGCUUCUCCUACCUGGAGCUGAAAGGAUUGCACACCUUUGGGCGGGACCUAGGGGAGAAGAUGGAGCUGGAGGUGGUGUUUCUGGCUCGUGGCCCCAGCGGCUUGCUCCUCUACAAUGGACAGAAGACAGAUGGCAAGGGGGACUUUGUGUCGCUGGCACUGCACAACCGCCACUUGGAGUUCCGCUAUGACCUGGGCAAGGGGGCAGCAAUCAUCAGGAACAAGGAGCCAGUCACCCUGAACACCUGGACCCGGGUCUCACUGGAGCGAAAUGGCCGCAAGGGCUCCAUACGUGUUGGUGAUGGCUCCCGAGUGCUAGGGGAGUCCCCGGUUCCACACACUGUCCUCAACCUGAAGGAGCCACUCUACAUUGGGGGGGCCCCUGACUUCAGCAAGCUGGCCCGGGCAGCUGGGGUAUCUUCCGGCUUUGAUGGUGCCAUCCAAUUGGUCUCCCUGAGAGGCCAACAGCUGCUGACCCAGGAGCAUGUGUUGCGAGCAGUGGACAUCUCAUCCUUUACAGACCACCCUUGCACCUGGGCCUCAGGCCACCCCUGCCUCAACGGUGCCUCCUGUGUGCCCAAGGAGGCCAUGUAUGUGUGCCUGUGCCCUGGAGGGUUCUCAGGGCUGCACUGUGAGAAUGGGCUGAUUGAGAAAGCGGCAGGGGACCUGGACACACUGGCCUUUGAUGGGCAUACCUACAUUGAGUACCUCAGCGCUGUAACUGAGAGUGAGAAGGCGCUGCAGAGCAACCACUUCGAGUUGAGUUUGCGUACUGAAGCCACACAGGGGCUGGUGCUGUGGAGUGGCAAGGCCACGGAGCAGGCGGACUACAUGGCACUGGCCAUCGUUGAUGGGCACCUGCAGAUGACCUAUGACCUGGGCUCCCAGCCUGUGGUGCUGCGAUCCUCCGUGCCAGUCAACACCAACCACUGGCUACGGGUCAGGGCACACAGGGAACAGAGAGAAGGCUCACUUCAAGUUGGCAACGAGGCCCCUGUGACUGGUUCCUCCCCACUGGGCGCCACACAGCUGGACACAGAUGGAACCCUGUGGCUUGGGGGUCUGCAGAAGCUGCCUGCCGGCCAGGCACUACCCAAAGCGUACAGCACAGGCUUUGUGGGCUGCCUGCAGGAUGUGGUCGUGGGCCAGCGCCCACUGCGCCUACUGGAGGAUGCCGUCACCAAGCCCAAGCUGCAGCCCUGCCCUACUCCAUGAGCUGGCAUCUGAGUUCACCACCCAUCCUGCUGUAAUUAUUUUCUAUUUUUGUAAACUUUUUGCUUUUUGAUAAUGGUUUCUUGCCUGCUUGUCAGCCGGAGGGACUGCUGGCCCGGCCCCCUUUCCGUCCAGGCAGCCGUGCUGCAGACAAACCCAUGCUGAGGGACUCUGGCGCACCAUGACAGCAUGAAGGGCUUGGCUUGAUGGCAGCCUCAGGAUGAAGCCCUUCUGCCUCAGGGUGCCGCACCUCAGGCUUCAUACUGUGCUCCCAUGUGUCCACCAUGUGUUCCUCUCGUGUCCCCUUGCUUGUCAGAGACCCUACCCCCAGGUUACUCUCACUCCUUCUGGCAGGGCUUAUGUCCCAGAGCAGAAAGGAGCUGCCAAGGUUGAGGGGGCACCCCGUGCAAUCCCUGCAGGGCCUUUCCGAGUUUCCAUUUAAGCUGCUCCUUCCUGUGUGUACUGUGGGUUGUGUCCAGCCUCACUGGGGCUGGCCUGGACCUCCUGGGCCAAUCCUGUGAUUUAGAAACACUGUUACUCUUGAGGCCACACUUACCUCCACCCCCCCAGCUGAGUCCCCCAUUUCUAAGGUGCUGGGGAGCAGAGGCCAGACCCAGGCCCUUCUGGGGCUUCCUGCCUCUCAGCUGGCCCUGUCCAUCCACCCAGCCACCCUGGAUGUGGCCAUGCCCAGUUCUUGGGAGGAGCCUCUGGAGGGAGUAGACUGAGGUGGAAUGACUGUUGUCUACCUGCCUGCCUUAGGGUCCUGGCCUGCCAACCACAUUUUUCAUGCACUGAUUUUAUUUGAUGCCUGGAUUUGGGUGCUCCCAUCCUUCUUGCCCUGGCCUGAUACCCUCACUGCAGCUCCAGUGUGAGGAACAGUGGUUUGGCAUCUGAGAUGGAUCAGGGGCUGGCCUAGCAUCUGACCAAGGCCAAAGGGCAGGUGUAAGGGCAAUAAAGAUGGCUCUGAAGCCAGAAAUGCCUUAAACUGCAAUGUCUCACGCUGUCCUAACCCUCAAUCUCCAGCCCAAUCCUAGGAGCUACACUAGAUAAAGCUGGUGGGGUGGCAGCCCAGACCCUCAGUGUAGCUGACAUGGGAGCCAGAGGGAGCCUUGUGGCACCGUGUUACUAACUCCAGUAUGUGUGUCAAUCACCAUGAAAUAAAGUCUUAAACUUUACA